AUGAUCGCCACCGACAUACCCAGCGGGCAGACCUGGUUUUCUCUGGCAAAGACCCAGUUCACCGAUGUAUCCGUUGCGGCGGACCAGCAAGUGUCGACCCAGGAGUUUCUCGACGCGUCAGAAUGCAUGACAUCCAUCUUCGACUUGAUGGGAUCGUCGCUGUUCAAGCCCAUGAAGCAAGACUUGGUCUUCAACAUCGGCCGAGUGCGCAAGCGGUAUCAAGAGACACCCGAGGCCUCGUCGACGGUGCAGGCGCUGGUGGCUGCCGAACUGGCCUUGACGUCCCCUCAUCCCGCGUGUGACGGACUGAUCUGGCUCGUUCGUGGAUUGGACUUCUUGUCCCAGGCGCUUCUGACGGAUCUGGAGAACUUGGAGGAGGAAAAUUGCUCCAAGGAAUUGGCCGACGCGUUCAAGACGAGCUACGACAUGACCCUCGGCCCGUACCAUAAUACCUUCAUUCGACUCAUCUUCAAGGCCGCCAUGGGGGCGACCCCGAAGCGGAAGGACUUUUACCGUCGCCUCAGCGGCGAGGGUGUCAACAUUGAGAUCACCCAGGACAAACUAAACCAAUACCUCGACGCUCAGAGAAAGGUGGUGACGAUACUGAAAGAGUUUCUCACCAGCGAUGCAGCUUCGGGCAAAUGGGCCAAGGCAAAAGUAUGA